GGUUUAUAGACAUAAUAUAUUAAAGACGUUGAAGAUGGAGAUAAGUUGAGCAGGUGUUUUUAUGUUGUUUGUCCUUUUGUUUAACUUGUGGUUAUUUCAAAGCAUUGACGAAUCCCAAGGAAUCAAAAAAAAACCUUCAGAAUGACUCCUACGUGUUGGAUGCGAUUGCUGCUGCUUUGCAUGUGUUGCUGGCCUGCUGCGACUAAACCCGUGUGGAUGCAACCCAAGUUCCCUUGUGAUGUCACAGCAAAGAAUAUCUCACAGGUUAUAUUUGACUGCACAGGUCGUAAACUGACAGAUGUUCCACAAGGGAUAACGAGUAAUGCAACAGAGCUGUACUUAUCGAAUAAUAACAUCGGUUCUAUCGGUCGUGAUUCUUUUUCUAACCUAUUGAAUCUCACCCUACUCAAACUGACCUUUGCAUACGGGAAAAAGUCUGUGAAUAUUGAACACGGUACUUUCAGAAACCUGACCAAGCUGCAAACAUUGAUACUGAGCUUCAACCGCCUGACCGCAAUACCUGCCAAGCUCCCGUCUAGUUUGGAAGUCCUUGACGUCUACAACAACAAGAUUACAUUCCUGGAUAGGAGCAGCUUUAAUGGAUUGAAGAACAUGACAAAACUGUUGCUAUCCAAAAACUGCUAUUACUGGAACCCUUGUGGAAAGUAUAUGAACAUUACAGAUGGCAGUUUAGCAGUGAUGACCCAACUUCGGCUUUUGGACUUGGCCUUUAACAACCUAACCAAAGUCCCCAAAGGAUUGCCCUUGUCUUUGUACCGGCUAAUGCUGGGGGCCAAUCAAAUCGAGUACAUAUCGGAGAAGGAUUUCCGUGGCAUGAACCAACUGAAAGUCCUGAAAAUGAAAGGGAAUUGUCCAAGAUGUCAAAAUGCUCCUUAUCCAUGUGUUCCUUGCAAAAACGGUGCACUUGCCAUCCACAAACACGCAUUCAAGGAUUUAACAGAUCUUGAAACACUCCAUUUGGGAGGAAACUCGUUGACAUACAUGAAAACCGAGUGGUUUGUGACCCUAACGAAACUCAAAGAACUGUUUGUCGCGUUUAACUUCUUACUUGCCACAAUAUCUGGGGAGGCUACAUUUCUGUCACACCUUCCAAAACUUGAAAAAAUGGAUCUGUCAUUCAACUUUGACUUGACGUCCUACCCUUCAAAACUGAAUCUAUCCAAGAAUUUUGCAAGUCUAGAGGCCCUUAAAACUUUGCAUUUGGAGGGGUUGGUCUUCCAGGAAAUAGGACCCGACUCACUUAGACCUCUGUACGAGCUCAAAAACUUGUCGACACUGAACCUAGGAACAAACUUUGUAUUGCAUUUAGACAGUGCCAUAUUGAGCAACCUACCACACUUGAGAAUGAUAUACCUAGCAGAAAACCGUCUCCAUCCAAAUUCGGUGAAAACUCUGGUGUAUUCAAGCGAUGGAUACAACAAGAGGCAGGACUUUACGGUUUCCACAUUAGCACUGCCUCAUCCACAGGAGUUUGAGAUCAACCAUAGCUUAGUCAAACAGGAGUGUUACAACUCCGGGCCAGUGCUAAGCCUCGCCUCGAAUAAUCUGUUCUUCAUUUCGCCACAGCAGUUCAUUGGUUACAUCAAUAUCACAUGUCUCAACCUCUCGAGGAACGGAUUUUCAGCAGCGCUCAAUGGCACAGAGUUCUCCUCCAUCCCUACGCUGACAUAUCUAGACCUGUCCUUCAAUAAGGUUGAUUUAGUCAACGACAACGCCCUUAGUGAACUAAAGAACCUCCAAGUACUGGACAUCAGUCACAAUUCUCACUACUUCCAGGCCUUCGGCAUCACACACAACUUACACUUCACAAAAAAACUGCCUGUCCUGAGGGUGCUGAAUAUGAGUCAUAACUAUAUUUCCACAUUGACAACAAAACAUAUGUACAGCAAAUCCUUAACCGAGCUACAAUUCAGACGAAACAAUUUAGGGACUCUUUGGAAAAAAAGAGAUAAUUCAUAUCAUGAAAUUUUCAACAAACUCACUAAUUUGACCAUAUUAGACAUUUCCGAAAACAACAUCAAAGAACUACCCAACCGUGUGUAUCACUUCUUGCCACGAAACCUUACAAUACUACGUAUUAGUAACAACUUUCUCAAGUAUUUCAAAUGGAGCAAGCUAAUUUAUUUGCCUAAACUUCAAACUCUGGACCUGAGCCACAAUUCCAUAUCUGAUGUGAUAGGCAUAGACACCAAAGCCCCCAACAAUUUGACCAACCUUGACUUAAGCAACAAUGACAUUUUCCAUUUGGAUGAUGGGUUUUUGAGAGGCGCAAAAAGCCUUAGGACUCUUUCACUUAGCUACAACAAACUAAACCUAAUCAAUCAAUCAACAUUCCUGUACAGACCUGAAAUAUUGUUACUGGAUGGUAACCCGUUUCAGUGUACCUGUGACAUGCUAGAUUUUAUUCUGUGGAUUGAAAACAGUGGUGUGCACAUCCCAAGACUGAAUCCUGAUGUGACAUGUGAAGGACCACAAAAAGAGAAGGAUCAUCCACUCAUCCUCUUCGAUAUUAAUCAGUGUGUAAAUGACAGUCUGGCGUUCUUGCUCUACACAGUCACUUUUUCCUUCAUUAUUGUUUUUAUGGUUGUGGUGACGGUUGCCCACUUAUUUUACUGGGACGCUUCCUACGUCCUGCACUAUUUGAAAGCAAAAAUGAUAGGGUACCAAUCUUUGAAAUCGCGCUGUGGCAUUUAUGAAGUCUUUGUGAUUUACGACACCAAAGAUCCACAGGUUUCCGAGUGGGUGAUGAAGGAUCUGCGUGUGAAGCUGGAGGAAGAGGGGGAAAUACAUCUCCCUCUCUGUCUUGAGCAGAGGGACUGGAUUCCUGGAGUCCCCUUAAUGGACAACCUAAUUCAGAGCAUCCGAGACAGCCGCAAGACAAUGUUUGUUCUCACAGAGGGGUAUGUCAAGACAGGCAUUUUCAGGCUGGCCAUGUACCUCGCACAUCAACGAUUGCUCGAUGAAAACAUAGACGUUAUUGUGUUGCUCAUGCUAGAGCCCGUGCUCCAGCACUCCUACUUCCUGCGUCUCCGUAAGAGACUGUGCAGGAAAAGUGUGGUGGAGUGGCCCAAAACAGCGGCCGCCGAGCCCUGGUUUUGGCAAAACCUGCGGAACGUCAUCCAAGUAGACAAUCAGGUCAUGUACAACAAGACCUACUCCAUGUACUUCAACAGUAGCUGGUUGCCCCUAACAACCAAAGUGCCCAAUCCAACGGAGCGACAGGAGGAGGAAGAAAUAGAAAAAGGUUCAAGAGGAGGGUCGACGGAGGGAAACGACAGGCUUUGCCAGGAGGAGAGGGGACGGCAGGAUUCGGCAGGUUCUGGCCGGGACGGGGAAGAAUCGACAGGCUUUGCCAAGAGCGACCGGGUGAACACACGCAGGCUGGGAAAGAAACCCCAGGACAACACAGCAGACCCCACAGGCUACCGGAACGAACCCCAAGAAACACACAACACGCAGGGGCAGAGGAAACUCUGCCUCCCAAGGGGCGAUUUGGACCAAGGAACCUGCGGCGACCCCCGGAAGCGAUCGGGAGGCGGAGCGGCACGGGAAGACGCCGUGGAAGUGGGCGGAGCCAAGAUAAGGACCCCCAAGCCUGUCCCUUUCUUCCACAUCGCUGCUUUACUUCAGCCUGUCUCUGCAAUCAUGUCUGACAAACCCGACAUCACAGAAGUCACAACCUUUGACAAGUCCAAGCUGAAGAAGACUGAGACCGCUGAGAAAAACCAACUGCCCACCAAAGAAAUCAUCGAGCAGGAAAAAGCAGAGUCUUCAUGAAAGCCGACCCACAAUGUGCUGGAAGCCUCCUUUUUGUCAACUGAAUAUCACCGCAUUUACUUUUUUUUUUUUUUUUUUUUUGGGAGGGUGAGGUAAAGAUUGGCUUCAAUGGGUUUCCUGGGCGUUUCAUCUCCAGUGGGAGGAGUGGGUGAGGCCACACUUCAUGAUAUGCAGCCCCCCACACUAGUCUACCUGCAACAUCCUCCGUUUGUCUUUGUAAAUCUGGAAUGCACAUGGUUGUUUAAUAUGCAAAAUAAAAAAAACCUGUAAAUGGC